ACGAAAGCCAUGCUAUCGAUAGGAGGAGAUACAUGUUCUCCAAUACUCCGUAGUAUGACUAGUAGCCGUGAUAAUCGCGCUGCAUUCAUCAAAUCAACGAUUGAUGUAGCCAGAUUUUGCGGCUUUGAUGGCCUUGAUCUUAAUUGGGAAUUCCCUAUCGAAUCAGAAAACAUGCACAAUCUAGCAUUGCUCUUCGAAAAAUGGUGCCUCACCAUCGGCCUAAAGCCACUAAGGCUCUUGGGACACUUCAGCGACAGGUGCUCCAGCAUUGUUAUACAUAAGUCUAGCAAUAUUAGCACGAGCUACGGAAUUUCAGCCUGGAAACAAAAUGGGGUCCCUUCAAAACAGCUAGUUUUUGGUAUGCCCUUAUAUGGAAAUACACGGGAAUUGAAGGAUCCAAAUUAUCACGGGAUCGGUGCUCCUGCUGUAGGAGCUGGCCCUGGAACUCAAGGAGAAAUGUCAUAUGAUGAUAUAGUAAUGUUCAAUUCAGAAAAUAAUGCUACUAUAGGAUACAAUAAUGAAACAGUUUCAACAUAUUCAUAUGCUGGAACAAAUUGGAUUGGAUAUGGUGAUACUAAUUCCAUAACAGCAAAGAUUAAGUAUGCUAAGGCUGAGGAUCUUGGUGGUUACUUUUUCUGGGCACUUGGCUUUUCUAGAACAGGUAAAAUUCCUAAAGUUCUUCCAUUUCAGAUGCAAAGUUUAAGUUGUAUGCAUUGACGGUCUAAUAUGCCCGGUCGGGGCACUUGUAAGGUAAUCAAAACUGAUAAAAAUGGUAACUAACUAGCUAUAUACAAUAUGUCAGUGUAUCUAAAUUAAAUCCUUAGGCAUGUGUCUCUUCAUUUGUUUUCUUCAUAAUCAUACUAUUAAUUAGUUAUGGCAUCGACAGUUGAAAUUGAAUUAACGAUUGUCACAUUAUGUUUUCAGCUUGUAUGGCAUGGGAUGAUGAAAUCUGAGGUGCAGCCACGCGCAUCUUAUCGAUCACU